AUGGUUUUGUAUAACUCAAAGCCAGUUUUCUUGAUCCUCAUUUCUUUCCUUCUGAUGCAUCACAAUUCCAUGACAUCUUUCGAAUUCCCCAAUUUUCAUGGGCCAUACACAAACGACAUCAUUACCUUCCAAGGUGAUGCCUUUGCAUCAAACGGGGUUAUACAGCUCACAAAGAUUGUAAACGACACUAUCAUACCCAGCAGUGCUGGCAGAGCUUUCUAUGCUCUUCCAAAGCGCCUUUGGGAUCCCAAAACUGGUAAGCUAGCAAGCUUUACCAGUACCUUCUCUUUUGUUGUGACAACAAAUGGUCCCGGAAUUGGAGAUGGGAUCUCCUUCUUCAUUGCACCACUCAACUCUACCAUUCCCAAUAACUCAGGUGGUGGAUAUCUUGGUCUCUUCAGUCCUGAAUCUGCCUCAGAUACUUCCAGAAACCAAAUAGUUGCCGUUGAAUUUGACACCUUUCAUAAUCCAUGGGAUCCUGCCGAAGCGCAUAUAGGAAUUGAUAUAAACUCCAUUGUUUCCGUAAAAACAGUGCCAUGGCAACAUGAAGAUCCUUCGAGCAGCGUAACAACUGUAUUUGCCACCGUAACCUACGAGCCUUUAGCACAAAAUUUAAGCGUGAUUGUAAGUUACCCUGAAAGCAUUGUGCAUGAGCCUACAAUUAGCCUCUCACAUUUGAUUGAUUUGACGACCGUUCUGCCAGAAUGGGUUAGCGUUGGCUUCUCUGGUUCCACUGGAGUGUUGGUUGAAGAACACGAGAUUCUUUCUUGGACUUUCAGUUCUACUAUCUAA